AUGUGUGACAAGGAGAAAUGUAGUUUGGUAACGGCCGUUCAUCGACAGGGUUUGAAAGCCGUCAAUGGUAGAAAAGGUAGGCUGGGUGUGCAGUCUUCAUCACCAGCCGGGUCUUUCACCGUUCCUCAUCAUGGAUUGGACAUGCUCGCUUCCACAGCCUUGGCCUUGGGUGUGGGUGUGGGUGUGGGUGUGGGUGUGGGUGUGGGUGUGGGUGUGGGUUUGGAUAUGGACACGGGUGUGGGUGUGGGUUUGGAUAUGGACACGGGUGUGGGUAUGGAUAUGAAACAUCACCAUGGUCGACGUUUGUCCGUCGGUAAAAGACGAUGGGAUGGAGAGUCAGAACAAGACAGUUCCGUUGGACAAGAUCAGAACCCAGUUCAUCCCGUCACCGUCAGACCCACCUCUCAUGAUCAUGUUCCAUCCGAUCCGACAUUCAUCCCCAUCCCUCGUCCAAUCACUGACGAAUCUUUAUCCAAAGCUUUAUCCCUCACGGCACUCCAACUCCUCUCUCUCGACUUGAACCCUUUGAUCUCCGACACCGAGACCAAGACCGACCACGUCCCAUCCGUUCUUGUCAAACGAUCCGACCAUGUCUUGGAACCCAAGAUGACUGCCGUCAAGCCAACCACGCGCUCGGACGUUGAUUCGGGAUGA